GAGCCGCUUUCCAGUAUGCACAUUGGCGCGCUCCAGAGCACCUCGGGGGCGCCACGCACUAGAUUUGUACCGUUCCAGUAUCAUGACGUGAGACGCCCGUCUUAGUGUCAAAUAUGUCAAAUUUUAAAAAUAAUUAUCUGUUUGUUUGUGCAGUUUGUUUUUUUAUUUAUCAUAAAUGAAAGAUAAUCAAAACUAUAUUUUUUAAAAAGUUCAAUCUUGAGAUAUAACAAGAAAUAAAUAAAUAAAUAGCCACCCACGGAUGUGACAGCUGACAAGUUGACGCGUACGUACAGCUCGGGGGCUCAACGCCCCGAGUAGCUCUGGGCGUCAAACUCCCAUACUGGAAAGCGGCUCUUGUAUGCACAUUGGCGCGCUCUAGAGCACCUCGGGGGCGCCACGCACUAAAUUUGUACCGUUCCAGUAUCAUGGCGUGAGACGCCUGUCUUAGUGUCAAAUAUGUCAAAUUUUAAAAAUAAUUAUCUGUUUGUUUGUGCAGUUUGUUUUUUUAUUUAUCAAAAAUAAAAGAGAAUCAAAACUAUAUAUUUUAAAAUGUUCAAUCUUGAGAUAUAACAAGAAAUAAAUAGAUAAAUAGCCACCCACGGAUGUGACAGCUGAUAGGUUGACGCCUACGUACAGCUCGGGACCUCAACGCCCCGAGUAGCUCCGGGCGUCACACUCUCAUACUGGAAAGCGGCUCGAAAGCGUUCUUUUCUGGGAGUUACUCCGAACGAAUAGUUCCGGAGCUAUGUAACUCCGAACAAGAACUCACUCUAAAAUUUGGUAUAUUUUUCAUGUUUUUCUCAUCCUUAUUGGUUAAUAUACAAGUAAUUAUGGUUUUCUCGUCAUUAUAAACCUAUUGAAUGGAGAAAGACAUUCCAUUUAUGUUUAAAGAGAGAUUUGAAAAACGAGCUGUAAAUUCUAACCUCACUAUUCUAACUUUAACCUAAAAUUUUUAUUUUUGACUCCUUUACAUUUAUUUUCUCUUUAUUUUCAUGUAAAAACAUUGCAAUUUAUGGUGUAACUAGUAUAUAUUCUCAAUUUAUACAAAAAAUGUCCUUUACAGCCGAGGAACUUGAGCUGGCACCCAAAAAAUACGAAUAUUUGGACCAUACAGCUGAUGUACAGCUUCACAGUUGGGGCGAUACCCUUAAAGAAGCCUUUGAACAAUGCGGCAUAUCGAUGUUCGGCUACAUGACCGAACUAGAAUCAAUAGAAAUAAAACAGUGCGAAGAAAUUGAAGCCACAGGCGACGACCUGGAAGGCCUCUUGUUCCACUUCUUGGACGAACUCUUAUUUUUAUUCAGUUGCGAUCCUUUUCUGAUUUGUAGUAAGCUUGUUAUAACCCAGUUUGAAACUGGAGAAGAGUUUAGAAUUAAGUGUAAAUGCUAUGGGGAAGAGUUUCAAAUAGGCAAGCAUCCACAAGGUACUGAAGUAAAAGCUAUCACUUAUUCUGCUAUGCAUAUUGUUAAUGAACCUGAUAAAAGAAAGGAGCUAUUUGUGAUUAUUGAUAUUUGAGGAAUUAUGGUUUACACAAUUAGUUAUAUACAGGGUGGUCCUUCGGGAAUGACAUCGAUU